UACGAGGAGAGAGGUCGCUGCUACCUGCUCUCUGCCCCCGGGCCCCACGCCCUGCUCCUGGUGACCCAGCUGGGCCGGUACACUGCCCAGGACCAGCAGGCUGUGAAGGCCGUGCGGGACAUGUUCGGGGAGGGCAUCCUGAAGCGAGUGGUCGUCGUCUUCACCAGGAAGGAGGACCUGGGCGAGAGCUCUCUGCAGGAUUACGUGCGCUGCACCGACAACCAGGCCCUGCGGGAGCUGGUGGCCGAGUGCGAGGGGCGGGUCUGCGCCUUUGACAACCGAGCCACUGGCCGGGAGCAGGAGGCCCAGGUGGAGGAGCUGCUGGGGCUGGUGGAGGGCCUGGUGAGGGAGCGCGGGGGCGCCCACUACACCAACGAGGUGUACGACCUGGCGCAGGCCCUGCACUGGGCGAGCCCGGAGGAGAGACUCCGGAGGGUGGCGGAGACGGUGGCGGCCCGCGUGCAGAGGCCCAAGGGACCCUGGCUGCGGGCCAGGCUGCGGGAGUGGAAGACCCCUCACUGGAGCAGCUUGAGGUUCAGCCUGGCAUUCCUGCUGGGGUGCGUGCUCCUGCUCUCUGUGUUGCUCUUCAAGAGCUACACCCAGGACCUCGCUGGGAGAUCUUCUGAAGUCACACCUGACUGACUUCAGAAACGUGAAACCUGUGAGGCUUCCAGAGGUGAUAGAGGCAAAUGAGAAUCUUCCCCUAGGGACUUUGGCCUUCCUGACUUCCAGAACUUUGAACAAAUAAAGUUUUUAAAAGCCA